UAUAAGUGGAAUAAAGAUGGUAAUUUUGUACAGAAUAGCCAGUUUGUAUCAUUAGACAAUUUAUCAGGAACCCUUAAGUUUGUGAAGAUGCAGAAUGAGGACUACGGAACUUAUCAAUGCUUUGCUACAAAUGAUUACGGAACAUCAAUUUCAAAGACCUUCAAAGUGAAAGAAUCUAGAUUAGGAUCUUUUCCCAACGGGCAAAUUAAAGAGGUACCAUGUACAGAACAUCAGCAUUGCAAAAUUAAAUGUCGGGACAGGCCAAAUUGUUUUCCGGACUCAAAGUGUAGAGUGGAGUGGAAAAUCGGAGAAGGGACUAAAACCAAUGUUGAGAUUAAUAAACGUGUCGUAGUGGAUGGAAUAGGAAAUUUACAUUUCCUUUGGACAGAACAAAAUGACUGGACUGGUCAGCAGUAUAGAUGUGGUUUGUGGCAAGAACAACUGAAGACAUUGGUGGUUGGCAGUCAAACAAGAUUAUUAAUCACCGAUACAACAGCUGUUUCAGAAAGAGAGCCUGUGUUGGUGUCAAAAGAAAAUGGCAAAGCUCUUGUAGGCGGGAAUGGCGUAUUGAGAUGCAUAUUCUCUGGCUACCCUGUCCUGGACAUUGAAUGGGUUUCCCCUCAAAAGACAGUCAUCCGUAAUACCUUGAACAAAUAUGACAUUACUGACUUUGGCAGAGUCCUGACAAUCAUGAAAGCAGAACAAAAGGACGAAGGGGUUUAUUAUUGUAAAGGAAAAGGGAAAACAGGGUUUAGUGAACAACGCGUAAAUUUUAAUGUCACGUCGGCUCCUUUUCUGACUGGAAAUAAUCAGAUGCUUGAUGCCGUUGUAACUAAAGGUAAAGAUGUCUCAUUUCGCUGUGAAGUUAAAUCAUUGUCUACAGAAAUGCUACCUUCUCGGCCGCUAUGGAAGAAAAACGGAAAGGAUCUGGAUAUUAGUAAAGAAAAGUAUAAUUUCAAAAAGGAUAACCAAGUGUUGACCGUAACAAACGUAGAGAAGUCAGAAACAGGGGUGUACCAAUGUUUGUCAGAAAACAGUGAGGGGGUUCUCCUGAAGGAGGCUAUACUCAAGGUUAUUGAUCCAAUAACCAUCCAUGAGAGUUCUCGAGAUAGCUAUAAGAUUGUGCAGGGGGGUAUGCUGAAACUAGCAGUGGUCGCUGAUACUGACCCCUCUCUCACUCUGCAGUACAAAUGGAUGUUUACUGACCACCAAGGCAACGAAAAGGAAAUAGAAACCAAUAAGUAUUGGAGUAUCUCACGACCUGUUCAGAACAAUUUGACCAUUGAUUUAAGGCAAAUUACAGAUCUGAGUAUUCUGUUUUCUCUAACAGGGUACUAUAGCGUUAUAGUAUACCACAAAUAUGACCAAAAACGUAUUUACUUUACCGUGCGAACAUACACAAUGGAAACAGACAUUAUCACAAUGGAAACAAACAUUAUUCCUACAACAGCUGUACCUCUGAAAGAUAUCGAUCAACACACCUAUCCGGACACCAUCAUCUACAUCGUUGUAUCCACUGAAACCUUCGUUAUAAUCAUUGAAAUCAUCAUCAUCGUAUCGUACCUUAAUCGAAGAAAACACGGCAGAUUUCGUUAUAAAGAUAAGAAAAAAGUGCCCUCCAGAAAUGACAUGGAAACAGGACAAUCGUAAUGGUUACCAGGAUAUCCCAACGGCAUAAUCAUCAAUAGAAAUAUAAAAUUAAUCAUGACUGGC